AUGGACAUUCUGAAUAUGACUAAAGGUUGUCUCUUUUUUAAGUACCUUGGAGUUCCUAUGAUGUAUUCUAAGCUUUCUAUAGGAAAUUGCAAGUCGAUAAUUGAUAAGAUCCUUGGCAGAAUAACUUCUUGGAAAAGUAAAUCUCUUUCCUAUGCUGGGAGAUUGAACCUUAUUAAAACUAUCCUCUUUAACAUUCAAAUCUAUUGGUCUUCCCUCUUUGUGCUUCUUGAAAAGAUCCUCAACGAAAUUGAUUCUCACCUGAGGGCUUUUCUUUGGGCUGGAGUAGACAUGAAUAGACACAAAGCUAAGGUGGCUUGGGAAGAUGUUUGUGUUCCCAAAGAUGAAAAUGGCCUUGCUAUAAAAGAGAAACUUCUUACAAAAGAUAAGCUUCUGAGAUUUGGCUUGAUUAGGAGGGCCACUUGUGUUUUGUGCGAGACUGAGGAUGAGAAUGUUGACCACCUCUUCUUGCAUUCUUCCUUCAACAAAUACGGUUGGAGUGCUAUGCUUGGGGAUAUUCAUAUGAAUUACGAUGAGCUUCCUUGGAGUGAUUAUAUUGAAAAGAAUGCCAAAGAUUUGGAGAGGAAUAACUUUAAGACUUUGCUUUGGAAGUUGAGCUUAGGGGCCUCGGUGUAUGCCUUGUGGAGACAGAGGAACAACAGAUGUUUCUCUUAUCAAAAGACGACCAAGGAUUCUGUGGUGAAGAAUAUUAAGAGGUUGGCUAGAGACAAAGGUGCGGAGCUCUCAGGCACAUGUCUUAACUCCGAAAAUGCCCGCGUUGCAUCUAAAUAG